AUGUUUUGCCGAAAUCAAACGACCAGAGCCACCGUUGCCCGGGGCUCCGCUCUGGAGAUGGAGAUACGGCGAGGGAAGUUCAGAAAGAGCGAUUUCCUGCACACAUCAUCACAGGACAGCGACAUUCAGAAGAAGAUUGACCAUGAGAUCCGGAUGCGAGAUGGAGCCUGCAAGUUGCUGGCUGCCUGCUCACAGCGAGACCAGGCCUUGGAGGCAGCAAAGAGCCUGCAGACGUGCAGCACUCGGAUCAUGGCCUACAUGUCGGAGCUGCAGAGGAUGAAGGAAGCUCAGGUCAUGCAGAAUGUCCCACGCAGGUCCUCGGAUGCCGGCCCGAUGGACGAUAGACUUCCCUGCAAAGGAAAAGUGGCAAUCUCAGAUCUUCGGAUCCCUCUUAUGUGGAAAGACACGGAGUACUUCAAGAACAAAGGAGAGCUUCAUCGAUGCGCUGUGUUCUGCCUGCUGCAGCUGGGAGGAGAGAUCUUCGACACGGACAUGGUGAUAGUGGACCGGACGCUCACAGAUAUCUGCUUUGAUAACACCAUCGUCUUUAGUGAAGCCAGCCCUGGCUUUGAGCUCCGAGUUGAGCUCUAUAGCUGCUGCUCAGAGGACGACUACUCUGCCGGAAGCACGCCCAGAAAACUCGCCAGCAAGUUGAGCUCCUCGCUGGGCCGAUCAGCGGGAAAGAAGCUCAGAGCGGCGAUGGAGCCUGGAGCUUGUAGUCCUGUUAGUAACGGAGGGGCGGCUCCUCUCCUGCUGCCGGUUCCCUCUGUGCCGGGCCCGAAGUACCACCUCUUAGCUCACACCACCCUGUCCCUGUCACACGUCCAGGACAGCUUUCGCACACAUGACCUCACUAUUUCAGGCAACGAGGAAUGCUCCUACUGGCUGCCUCUCUACGGCAGCAUGUGUUGCCGCCUCGCAGCUCAGCCGCACUGUAUGACCCAGCAGAUGAUGGGUGGAUGGUUGAAAGUUAAGCAGUGUGGAGGUGACCCUAAGACAUGGACAAAAGUCUAUGCCGUUCUAAAAGCAACAAGCCUUUUCUGCUACCAGCGACAGGAGGAUGUGGACGCCAAUGUCGAGCCUGCUUUGACCAUCGGGAUCAACAAGGAGACCAGGAUACGCGCGUCAGAGAAGGACCCCCACAGUAAGGGUCAGAACAUUUGCAUCAGCAACCGAUACGGAGGGGAGGAGGUCACGCACACUCUGAACACGGAGAGCCGGGAGGACACGCACAGCUGGAUGGAGGCCUUCUGGCAGCAUUUCUAUGACAUGAGUCAAUGGAAGCAGUGCUGCGAUGAUUUAAUGAAAAUUGAACUUCCCUCUCCAAGAAAACCAGCUCCUGUCACACCAAAACAGGGCUCACUUUACCAUGAAAUGGUUAUUGAGUCAUCCGAUGACCUCAGCAGCACCGUGUCCGACAUCCUGGCCCGGAGAAUGCAAGAGCUGGAGCUCCGCAGCCAGCUGGGCACGUCUCCCACCUGGAUGUCUGUGUUUGAGGAGAACAGUCCGAAAAGCAUUGGCUUCCCUGUCCGUCCGUGUACCUCCCGCCUGUCUGGCCACAGCCCUCACUCUCCUCAUCGCCUUCCCCCUCGGAGCCCCGCGAGCCCGCACCGCUGCCCGCAGCCGGGUCUGCUCUCCUCUGACGCGAGCCUGACGUCGGACAGUGACAGCCAUUGCAGCACCAGCCCGUGCUCUCACCGCCACGGCUGGCCUGAGCCGUCGUCAAACUUCUCGCUUUUGUCCUCCUCGCCCUCUCGCUUGAGGCCGCGCACUCUCUCUCUGGACGCUAAGCUCAGCACCCUCCGGGGGCGAGGGUACGGAGGCGGAGGGGCCUUCCAGUGCUCCUGCCAGCCUCCUUCCUCGUCCCUGCUCGCGCCUCACCCCGUCUCCUCCCGCUCGCCUCUGUCGCAGCGCAGCACGCAGACCACGCUGUCCUGCUCCAGCUCCACCUCCAGCAGCAGCUCCAGCAACAGCGAGGGCAGCCACAGCCCCGAGUCGUCAGAGGGGGGUCCGUUCUCCAGGCCUUCGCCGGCUCGACGCAGCCUGAGAAACCUACGGGCCAGGCUCGAUCCCCGUAACUGGCUGCAGAGUCCGGUGUGAACUUUUUCCCCAAUGGACUUCUUUUUUUUUUUGUUGGUUUUUUGCUUGUUUGUUUAAACAUACACAUUAACAAGCUUAUUACGUGAACUAAACUCAAGGAUGUGUGCAGCUGCCUUUUACAGGAAAUGGUGGCUUAGAGAAGACCUGCGUGGGUCAAACUGGAAAAUUUGUUUGUUUUUUUUUUAACCCAGAAGAUGGUGACUGUCACUGCAGGAUCUCCUGGGUUCCCACAGUUUAUGGGAUGGGAGACAAUGUGUUUGCUUUCAGAAAUUACAUUGACGAUGCUGCUUUGGAGAGAGUAAACAAAAAGCUAAACAAUUGCUUACACACGCUGCACACUGUUCAAACUCUUAAUGUGAUCUUGAAACUGGAAAAUAUGUUAUUUUUCCCCUUUUUCCAUCCUUACCAUCCACUGAAACAUCAUUUUAAGGUAAAAUCUCUCUUGUUGUCCCAGUCAUACUGGGACAACAAGAUAAAUACUAAUUUAUUAUGUUAUAAAAUGUGUGUUUCUGCUGCGGGGGGUCUGUGACUUGGAGCAAAGGAGCCUACCUGUGAUCAUACUAACGGUGAAUUUGGGGAAGUUAAAUGCAGGUGUUUAUAUUUACUGUAUUGGUUCUGACUGACAUUUUCAGAAUGGAAAAAAUUAACUCUUUGCUUUGGGUUUUACCUUUAUCUGCACAUCACUGGAGGGCUGCCGUCAGAACCAAGUGGUUGUAGUCGAAGUAAAGUAUUCAUAGAAAACCCCAAUCCAAACUCAGUGUCAUGCUGCACUGGCACCCUUGCAGUAUAUUGCAUGGUUUCGGUGCGGCGUUUCCUCCCUGCGAAUCUAAGGGUAAAAUCCAAAAUAAGCCACAACUCCAUUAAUAUCAAAUAUGUACAUGAAAAUCUUUAGAUGUCGGCUCCAUUUUGGACAUUUUUUCUCCUACAUACUGGCUAUAGGACUGUAAGACGCCGCGUCACACUUCCACCCCUAUAUUUUUCUUAACUGCAAUUGUUCUCACCAUUUCUUUUUUUUUUACAUGUUUUGAAUUAACCAAAUUUCAAAUGGGAGUUUAUGACUAUCGGUAAAUCCCCGUUUUGUUUUGUUUUAUUCCACGUCUGUCAAUCAUUGUGGGCUCAUAUUUACUGAGAUAUGUCGAACAAGCAUUUGUUACUGUAAAUUAUUUUGUAAUUUAACAGAUAAAUCUCGCUUUGUCAUUUUGUUACAUAGCUGAUUUUAUAAAUGCAACUGUACGGAUGUGUGAUGACCAGAAGUUUAACAGAUAAUGUACAAAUCUUUAUUUGUUAACGAUUAACACUGUUAAGAGUCUCCCUCCUUCGCAGGUUUUGUGUGUCCCACAUCUGUAAAAGGUUGAGUAUAAAAUGAGAAAUGUCACAUGUAAAUAAUAUAACGUUAAUUAAAAUAAAUGUUUAUAGUUUUAAAACUAUCACAACUUUA